CGACUGCAUGUGGCUACUCGACUCGGGCACGUUGGGCCAAGGCAUCCUGAUGUAUUCAAACCUGCUCGAUGUAACGUGCAAUGACGGUGUCACCAUUCACAACGGACAGUCCACCUCUGAUUCGACACUGAUGAACAAUUACUGCGGAAACAACAAAGUGACCGGCGAAUACACGUCCACUAACCGGUACGCGCUGGUCAGACUGCGCACGGACGCCUCGACUGCCGGAAAGGGGUUCUCCAUGACCUACAUGUCGGCACCAGACACAUCUGGUUCCGGUUGCACCGCCACUGAAACGCUUACAGCGACCACGUCAUCGCAUUAUCUCACGUCACCAGACUUCCCGGCGCCGUACCCAGUUGACAGCGACUGUCGGUGGCGUAUCCAGGCCUCCAGCGAGAACUCGAAGGUCUAUCUCGAGAUUCUGUUCAGCUACAUAGAGGAGGACGGCGAAACCUGCGACUACGACCAUCUAACAAUAUACGACGGGGCUUACAUUUGCGAGCAUAACUUCCUGCUGACCCAGUGCCCGGCACGGACCGUAGUCGGAACCAGUAACCGGAACUUCACUUCCACUGACGACGCGAUGACGGUAAUCUUCUCGUCCGACGCCUCCAUUGUGCGUAUCGGGUUCAUAAUAAAGUACUUUGAGGUGACGGGGGAGACGACGACGACGGCGGCAACAACAAUUACCACGACAGCGGCAUCGUCUUCGUCCACGACUUCCGUUGCGACCACAACUUUCGAAACGACGACUUCGCCGUCUGCAUGCUGCGCAUGCACAGCGACACCUGAGGAAACGACAACGACCACAGCCUCAACUAUGACUACUGCUUCAAUGCCUGACACAACUACAACUGUAAUCAGCACCACUGUAAUGUAUUCUGGAAACUGCACGUGUCCAUCCACGGCUGCAUCGGGAACUACCGCCCGUGAAUCCACCACCGACAGCGUACUGUCCGGACAAACAUCAUCUCAAGACGUGGAGACUGACUCGCUAUCAGAUUCUGACAUAUAUCUACUCGUCGGCUGUGCCGUUGGCGGGUUAGUUGUUGGCGCCGGCACCAUCGGCCUUGUGUGGGCUGUCAAGGCCCGACAGGUUGCACUAAAAGGCAUGUCAACCGUCGCUGACAUCAGGAUCCCACCGGAACCACACGCUGCCGCCGAUACACCUGGGUCUAGCAAGAGUGCCCCAGUGGGCAAGACUUCCGGCAAGGUCGGCGCCAUAGGGAAAAACCCAGCUAUAAUUCGCGAUAAAGCGUUGCCCAACUCCGUUCCGUCGAAGAGGAAACCACAGGCCCAAGUCGUCCAGUCGCUAAGGAAUGACGCCUCGCUGAGUGUAUGAGCGUGAACUGAGACGCUGAGAUAUGACGCUUCGCUGAGUGUAUGAGCGUGAACUAAGACGCUGAGAUAUGACCCCUAGUAUGUAAUCAAGGACUAUUUUCAUUAACUCUUGACACAUUUACAGACGAACCUUGUUUUGUAAACGCAUCAAUGGAUAUAUUGCAGUAUAUAUUAUCAUAACCUAU